AUGUUAUCCCCACAGUUUAUGGAGACCCUAAUAACCCGAGUUGCGGAUGAGGUUUCUCGUCGUUUACCUCCUGCUGAGGUUUCCGGCAAUCCGUCUCCUGCAGCACUAUCAACUCUGCAGGAGGUUCCAGUCGGUUCCCCUGUUGGCCAGAAUACUGAGGAAGUUGCGUCCAUGGUUGUUCAACAGAGCUUGGCUAAUGCUUCGACUGCCUUGACGGGUCUGAUCCCCCAAGUUUCAGCAUCCAACCCAGUGCCAGGUCAGUUGUUUCAAUCCGUGAGCUUACCAGUGGAUGCCCGUCUAUCAGAAAAAGUACGAGCAAAAAUUUGGAAGGAUGAAUAUGUAGACUUUGGUUCACUACUUGCCAACCCUGUGUUGGUCGAUCAAUAUCAAAUAACCCUUAAUAAUUCAGAUAGCGGUUUUACUCCCUCUCUUUGCCUUGAAUCACUGGCUAAGCAUAAAGAGGUUACGACAAUUAAAACGUCGUUAAGCAGUUUUCACGUUUUUGUGGGGGCUUACACAAAACAAUUCCCUCAUGAGACUCCCGCCCUCGUGAAAUAUGGAGAGAUAAUUCAGGACUUGGCUGAGAGGGGCCACAACUGGAAAUUUUACGACGAGAAUUUUCGUUUGCUGAGGCAGGCACACCGUGCCGCUCUUCCGUGGGAUCGAAUCCAUUCUUAA